AAAAAAAUGGUCACUCACUUUGCCUUUCCUGUCAUAAAAUUCACUCCAGUCUUGUGGCUAUUAUGUUCCAUUUAAAUGUUAAUCGCAACUCAAAUAGAAAGUAGCAAAAGUAUUGCAGCGCCGUCUUCACCAAAUCUGCAUGCACCUUCACUUGCAUUUAUUUUACAGUCAGAUGCUUCUCCGCGCAGCCAUUUCCUAUGUAAUUUGAUAUUUGACCGUAAUGCCAGUGAGAAAGCCGCUUUCGGGAAAGUUCAGGGGAGUUUCUGCAGGCUCUGAGAGUCAAACGCAGCCAGAGGGUGUGUAUGUGUGUGAGGUGUCGCAUCAAAAUGGGACAGAAAUCGCGGAAAAGGAGCGAAUUCGCGCUGAUCCUGCUACAGUUGUUGACUCUUGUCUCGUCGGCUCCUCCAAGAUGUGACUCAGGACAAUAUUUUCUAGGAAGAUGCAAGCCAAUAGUUGAAGAAAAACCUAAAUGCACAGACCUGUUGCUAUCCUACUGCGAUGACAUGGCUUAUACCCAGACCAUGUUUCCCAACAUCGUCGGCCACAAAACCCGGGAGGAAGUGGAGCUGGGCACGGAGUACCUUCUCCUGAGUGUGGUGGAAACACUGCUUGGUGGAGAGUGCACCCCAGAUAUCCGCAUGCUGGGCUGCUCGGUGUUGGCCCCACGUUGUGAGAAGGACAAGGUACUGAAGCCCUGCCGCAGCAUCUGUGAGGCAGUGCGUAAAAGCUGUGUCCAUGCUUUUGAGGGAAUAGAUAUGGCAUGGCCCUACUUCCUGGACUGCGAUCGGUUCUUUGUCAGUGACCAAGAAGGCUGUUAUGACCCCCUGGAGGGCCUCAGAGCUGAGGAAGAGGUGGAAGCCUUCAGUAGCGCUCCCCCUGAGGAUUCCUCCACCAUGAUCCAGUUCACCUAUCACUCCAACGCUCAGAUGAACAGCAUCAUUAAGAAAACAGAGGCUCGAUGCUCCGACAUAGCCACUACCUACAGUAUCGGCCGCAGUGUGGAAGGCAAGGACCUACUUGUUAUCGAGUUCUCCAACAACCCUGGUGAACAUGAACUGCUUGAGCCAGAAAUAAAGUACAUCGGCAACAUGCAUGGAAAUGAGGUCAUGGGCCGUGAGCUGCUGAUCUACUUGAUUCAGUACCUGUGCUCUGAGUAUCUUCUGGGGAAUGAGCGUAUCCAGACUCUCAUCAACACCACCCGCAUCCACAUUCUGCCCUCAAUGAACCCUGAUGGAUACGACAUGGCUGCCUCCGGGGUUGAGGACAGUAACUACGCUGAUGAAGAGGGUCCCAGAUAUGAUACAUGGAACAUUGGCCGAAACAAUGCCCAGAACAUUGACCUGAAUAGAAACUUUCCCGAUUUGACAUCCAUUGUUUACAGUCGACGCAGACACAAGGGCUACCGCACUGACCACAUCCCAAUCCCAGACUUUUACUGGCUUGGUAAGGUUGCACCAGAAACCUAUGCUGUAAUGAAAUGGAUACGCUCCAUCCCAUUUGUGCUGUCCGCUAACUUCCAUGGCGGGGACCUGGUGGUGUCCUACCCCUACGAUCUCUCCAAACACCCAUUGGAACGCAACAUGUUCUCCCCGACUCCAGAUGAUCAGGUAUUCAAGUUUCUUGCAAGAACAUACGCAAACGCUCAUGAAACAAUGGCAAACUAUAGUGAGUGGUGUGGAUCAUCUCGUGACAGUCAGGGAGGAAUUGUUAAUGGUGCACAGUGGUACAGCUUUGCAGGGGGUAUGCAAGACUUCAACUAUCUACACACCAACUGUUUAGAGAUAACCGUGGAGCUGGGUUGUGAUAAAUUCCCUGCUGAGGAGGAGUUGUACACCGGCUGGCAAGAAAACAAGGAGGCUUUACUCACAUUUAUGGAGGCAGUCCAUCGUGGUGUCAAAGGCAUAGUUAAAGAUGAGGAUGGAAAUGGAAUCAAAGGUGCAAGGGUAUCAGUCAGAGGAAUAAGACAUGACAUUACUACAGCUGAAAACGGAGACUACUGGCGCCUUCUCACUCCUGGUAUCCACAUCCUGACAGCCUCAGCCCCAGGCUACACCAGAGCUAUGAAGAAAGUCCACCUACCUGCUCGCAUGCGUAAAGCGGGCCGAGUGGACUUUGUGUUGCAGAAAUCUGUGCUAGAGCCAGACACGGAGGAGGACGACAUCAACAUCCCAUCUAUGGGCACCUAUGAACGUUUUGACCCUUACAAUCACUUUGAGCGCUACGCCGCUGCUGAGAUGACUCAGAUCCAGGAGCAGAGGGCAGAGAAGCCCUGGUGGUGGAACUAUUUUGUUAGCUCAGGAGGUUCCGCCCCCACCUGGCUCCUCAGACACUAUUAGAGCUUCCUCCAAAGAAGUCAACGAGCACUUACUCUUACUUUCAAUAUACAGAACACACAAGCCAGGCUAUCAUGUAAAACACAUGCUGUUAAUUGUUGGGAUUUUGCUGCAGAAAAGCGGAAAGUUUAGCUGGUCGGCCAUCAAGUUAGCUUUGACAGUUUUACCAUUUAACAUAAUUUUAGCAUAUCCUGCGUUUCCUGCCAAGUUCAUCAUAACACCAUGCAAGCUGUAGUAAGCCACAGUCUGAGUCCCACAGUCUAGUCAGUAAGCACUACCAUUUUUACUGUGGGCAAUAUACAAGCCUUUACUUUGAAAAGCACAUUGCUUCACUUUAUGGCCAUGAUGAAAUACAGAUAUAUUUGAAUAUUUACAACUCAGCAUAAAUAAAGAACGUUUGUGUUCA